AUGUCCAAUCUUUGUUCAGAUAACGACGAUGUUUUCACCUCCUCAGACCAUCUUUCUGCUCUUGUCAUAUGGAACUCUGAGACCCUCGAACAUGCUGAGCAGGCGACUGAAGGAUUGGUUGUCUUGUUCUCUGGAGGAAAGGGAUCAUACCUCGACCGGGGAAUACUCACCUCGCGGGCCUUGAUACCACCCAUGACCAUACAGAAAUCCACAUUUGAGACAAUAGCUUCUGCCUUCGCUCUCCCCCCAACACACGUCCGUAUGCAUAGGGAUGGGACAACUAUGCUGCUCGAUGAGGGGGAUGGCGGCAGUGAGUCGGGGACCAAGCUCCAGAAGAUCUCGAUGCAAAACAGCUUCACUUCGACAUAUCGCUUCAGUGCCAGCCUUAGCUAUGAUCCUGAGCGGCGCUUAACAAAGGCUUUCAUCCACGGCCUACUGGACUCAGAAAUUGCCACCCUGUCCGAUGAAUUACUGGCUCGCCGUGGCGAUCUUGCUCUUCCUACCCUGUUACCAUUCAUUCUACUGACUUAUCGGACACGAUCAGCAAUAGAUAAAGUCGGAGAAAGUCACAAAGAAAUCAUCAGACUGGAGCAGCAGACCGGAGUCAAUACAAGAUGGCACCCGAAGCUGGCUUGUUGCGACUCCCAGGAGAGCCACUACCUUCACUCGCAGGGUGAUGGCGUCAACUUGAACCGGGUCACCUCAGACCUGACCAGUCUCGUUUCGAAGCUGGCCUUUGUUGACCUUUCGUGUCAUACACACACGCCAAUGCUUGAAACUCUUGAUUCGAUCGAUAGGCGAGUAAUUGAGGAGUUCUCAGGAAAAGAAGCCGAUUGCACGAAAAGGCUAAGGGAGUCUGAGCUACGCCUUCGUCGGGAGCGCAACUUUCUGCGCAGUUCACUUGAGGGGACACGCACAAGAGCAGACUAUCUGUCCAAAAGGGCGCAGGCUCAGGUGCAGACUAUAUACAGUCUAAUCGCGCAAAGGGAUAACGCGAUAGCUCUUAAAGACAACAUCGCUCUCAAGGCCAUUUCCGAGGACCAGAAGCGGAUUGCGUUGGCAGCCACGCGAGACGGAGCAGCCAUGCGGAUGAUCUCGAUCAUAACAACUGUUUUUCUACCUGCGACCUUUACCGCACCCGAAGGAGGCAAGAAGCCGGUCUCUGACUGGGUCUGGCUUUAUUUCCUCAUCACUGCUCUGCUGUCCGUAUUGGUCAUGACUUGGUGGCAUAUAAACUCUCGACGUAAGAUUCGCGAAAUAAGGUAG